AUGAUAUAUUCCGUGAGGGAUCGUAAAUUCUAUCUCAACAGGGUUGGUGAUGAAAAGUACGAUGGUCCAGUUGACCUCAUAGACACUAGCUCAGGCUUACCUCAGGUGAGUCUAUACCAGGGAUUCCCUUUCUCCGACAUCCCCAAGAGUAUACUAGAACAGCUUUCCAGAGGUAUCAAGUCUCAACACAUUGUCGAGUCACCUUCUGGCGACUCCUUCGUCGUUUACUGGCUUGACGAGUACGUCAACAGAGAAGAAUUCGAGGCUUCACGUGCCAAGGAACCUCCUUAUCAAUCCUCCAUCAAGAUCAAGCCCAGGGGGUUUGUGGUGUUUAGGCAAGACCCUGAGCAAAAGAUCACUUCUUACACUAGAGACAUUGGCGAUCUCUGCAUUUUCCUUGGCUGCAACGAGGCCUUCUGCGUCUCUGCAACCGAGUAUCCUGGACUUAAGCCUAAUUCCAUCUAUUUUACAGACCUUCAGACAGGGUUCGGAUUCUACCAACUCUCCUCCAACACUGUCCACGACGUCAUCAAUCCACCUCCUUUCUCAUGUUGCUACGAUUGGCUGGCCCCUCUCCAGUAA